ACGUUUAGGAAUGAAUCCUUAUUUGAAAAGCAAAGCACGCGACCGUUAAAAGCAUAGUUGGACUUGUUCUUCUUAGGUUUCUUCAUUCAUUCAGUAAUUCAUCGAUUGAUUGGCUGAAUUGAGAUUGAGAUUGAGAUUAUUGUGAUUGUUGUUGAUUCCAAGAAACCAUGGAAACCCACGGAGCUCAGUGGGUGAGGGGUCCGAUGAUCGGCAGAGGCGCAUUCGGCUCUGUUUACUUGGCUUAUUCCAAGAAAUCGUACUGUUAUCUGCCUCCUGCAAUGGCUGUCAAGUCUACUGAAGUUUCCGAUUCAGCUUCACUUCAGAAGGAAGUUGAAGUUCUCAACAAUCUCCAGGGUUCCCCUUAUGUAAUCGGCUGUUUUGGGGAAGAGACUACAACGGGCGCCAAUGGAGAGAUGGUUUACAAUGUCUUGUUAGAGUAUGCUUCUGGGGGUUCUCUAGACACUCUCAUCAAGAAAUCGAGUGGGGUUUGCCGUGGCUUGCCUGAAUUGGAUGUGAGACGUUACGCCAGGCAUCUUCUUCUAGGGAUUGCUCAUAUACAUGAAUCCGGGUAUGUUCACUGUGAUUUGAAACCCGAUAAUGUUCUUCUGGUUCCUUAUAGAAAUUCUAUGACUAAGUUUGUGACAAAGAUUGGGGAUUUUGGGUUGGCCAAGAGAGGGGGGCAAAGCAAGAAGGCCAAGUUUGAUAAUUACUUGAGAGGCACGGCUCCCUAUUUGGCACCAGAAGUUGUGAUUAAUCAUGUGCAGGAGGCUCCUGCUGAUAUUUGGGCUCUGGGAUGUGUUGUGCUUGAGAUGCUAACAGGGGAGUCUCCUUGGGGGUCUGAUUCAAAACUCACUGCUGAAGAACUCUUCAACAAAAUUGCUGAUACUGGUGCACUCCCACAGACUCCUCCUGGGAUAUCAAAUGAAGCUAAGGAUUUCCUGAAGAGGUGUUUAGUGAGGAAUCCCAUGUUCCGAUUUACUGCAGAUAUGUUACUGGAUCACCCUUUUUUCAAAGGCUGCGAAGAUGAAUAUGAAGCUGUUGAAGAAGAUGUAGGUGAGGUUGGUCAGGUCAUUGGUGUUGGUUCAUCAUGUUGGCCUGAAGACAGCUUCAGUUCAUUACUAGUUGCAGAGGAUUGGUGUUCUGUUUCAGAUGAAGAUUCAGAUUCAUUGUCCUGUUCCGGGUCUGAGGAUCUUAAAGUGUACGAAAGUGCUGCUGAACAACUGAUACCCAUAGGCCAUAAAAGAAAAAGGUCUUCGCACUUCAUUCCCAUUACUGAUGGUGACUUUUUUCUCACCACAUUAGCUCCCACCGCCACCAUCACUGCUGGAAUAUAGCACAACAUAUAAAGAGAUGUGAGUUCUCUGACUCAAACUUUCUGGUGAGAAUACUGUAGUUUAGAUGAUAGGAUAUUCUUUGUACAACAUUGAUGUCAAGCUCCCUACAGUAAUUAAUUUUGUUGAUGUGAUUGAGAUAACAAUGUUGAUAUCACAUCAAUAAUACACUAUUGAGUAAUGGUCCAAUGGAUAUCCAUUACCCGCCAUUGCCUGUAACCAAUUGUUUUGGGAUGAAUAGGAGAAAUCAUAAUUUUGAGGAUUCAUUUAUAUCCUCUUUUUUCU